AUGGAGCGGCCACGGAAAUCGCAAUCUUCGCCUGCCCUCAUCAUCGUCCUGACACUGUUGGGUACCAUUACGCUGCUACAUCUCCUCACCGUCUUUGAGUUUUUUCACCAAGCCGACACCCUACCAACCGAUGCCGCACUCCCUCGCCCAAUCUACGCAGUUGCACACCGCGUGCUGACGACACAACAAGUCGGCGAGGCGCUACGUCAGGGCGCGAAUGCGCUCGAGAUUGAUGUCACGGCCUGGAAGGAAGGGUGGUUCGGGGACCAUGACGGGGUUUGGGAAAAUGUAGGCGAUGCCGUCGAGGAGCUCUUUCGGGCCGCUGCCGAGGCCCGGGAGACUGGGAGCAACCUGACCUUUGUCUGGCUGGAUAUCAAAGACCCAAACUGGUGCGAUCCACAGGACGAGGACUGGCGACACUGCUCGGUUGCCGCUCUGCAGGAACAAGCACGCCAAAUCUUGGAACCGGCUGGUGUUCGUGUGUUGUACGGCUUUGCGGACCAGAACGUUUGGGGCGUAGGAUACGACUUUGUCUCCCGCCACAUGAACAAGAAUGAAGCUCUCAAUUUGGACGGCAAGGGAAAAGACCUCGAAGAGUAUUUUCGAACCAGCAACGUGACGGACGUUACACGACGAGUCCUGUCGUACGGGGCUUCUUCUGUAACGUGGGAAUUUGGAAACUGCUAUGAAGAGGAAUAUUACACCUGCACGGUUCUUCGCCAGGCUCGUGAGUCGGGAAACUUUGGGCGCGUCUUUGCCUGGACGCUGCAUCAAGGGGAAAAAAGAAGCGUGCUUGACUUUUUGUUUGGAAAUGCCGGCAUUGAUGGAAUUAUAUACGGGCCCGAGAAUGUCCCGUUUCGAGAUGAUUUAGAUACUCGCGCGGUUUAUCAAGACAUCAGAGAAUGGGUGGACAGAAAUAGCCAUGGGCGAUAUUGGGCAACGGCCAAUGACAGUCCGUGGUAA